AUGAGGCGACCCAGCUUCUUGGGCCCAGACCCAGACACGGACAGCGAAGGCCCCGACGAGGCUUUCCGACGCGAUGGCUUCGAUGCCCCCAGACCGCCUCCAACCGCUUCCAGCAGCGUCAGCGGCAGGUUGGGCGAGGCGGCCUUGCGGGGAGGCGAGGCGAUCAUAGCAGCUGGUGCUGCCGGAGUUGGACAGGCUAUAGAACGCUUCGGGUUCCGCAACGCCGAGCGGGCUGCAGCGCAGGUGGAGCAGCGGGUGCUGCCUCGCAUCAUCGGCAGGCCCGCAGACGCGGAGCAGCUGAUCAUCAGGGCCGGGCAGCACGCGCAGGAGGUCGAGCGAGCCGCGGCCGCAGACAUCGAGCAGUUCGCGGCAGAGCAAGCCGCUGCCGAGACGGCCGAGAUCACGCCGUUGCUGGCCGAGACAGGCGGCCUGGCAGCAGCUGCGACGGGCGCUGCAGAGGCCCUGGGCGGGGCAGCAGCGGUGGCGCUGGCGCCUGAAGUUGCGAUCCCAGCAGCUCUGAGCCUGGUUGCAGGAGCCGGCGGCGCGCUGCUAGCCGGGCGAUCAGAGGCCGGCACGCAGACGGAGCCACCUCGGGGCAGCGGUCGAGCAGGCGGCGCAGCUGUAGGAGGCUUGGGCGCGGCGGCAUUAGGACUGGGCAUGGGCGCAGUAGGCGGAGCCUACCAGGGCGCGAGGUACAUGCUCGGAGGCGGCAGCGGAGGCGCCUCGAGCUCCGGCAGCGAGUUCCAAGACUUGCGAACACUGAACGGCAUGCAGCAAGGUGCGCCGCAAGAGCGCUUCAGCCUGCGGCAGCCUCGAGUGCAGCAGCCCAUGGUCUCGCGCCUGAACAGCAGCGAGGACGAUGCGCCCAUGGCGCAGCAGCAGGAGCAGCCAAGGCCACAAGUGCAGUCGCGCCCAGCCCCACAGGCGAGGAUGCCCUUCGGUUUGAACCCCGUGGCUCAGACGAGCAGCGGCAGCGAGAGCUACGGCCCCGUUCGGAGGCCGAGGCCGCAGAGGCCAGAGCCCUCCUUCAACGAGCUUCGUCGGGAGGCACUGACGAACGACAACCGUCGCCGCGCAUCAGUAAGGAAAGCAAACACGAUGGACCAGGUCACCAACGCGGUCAACGAUGAACUCAUUAGCUCGCUCGAUUUCAAGAUGCGCACGUCGAACGCCUCCUACGUCAUAGCGCGAAAAGACGUGCAGUUCUUCCCCAGCAGCCUAUCAACGUUUACGCCCACCAGCAGCAGG